AAAAAUAAAAUAAGGAUAAAUUAUUUUAAAAAUAAGCAACUCGAGAAAGUCGAAAAUUGAAGAUGAGGCAAAACGAAGAGGGUCCAGAAUUAUUUCGGGGUGCAGUUCUUUAUCGAGAAUGGGGUUGCCGCUUAACGACCAUAAAGAAGCUUACGGAAGCUGUAGGUUCCUUUGAAAAGUCGAUAGCACUGAGUGAGGGCACUAAUCUCCGAACUUUAUUGGGUCUGACCAGAGCCUUAAUGAUGUCCACUAGAUACAGAGAAGCUGCUGAGAAUGCUAAUAAAUGCCUGGAACUCGACCCGCAGAACUAUCAAGUGAUAUGGAUGCGGGUGGAGACCUUGUUCAAAACCGCAGAGUUCGAACUCAGCCUAAUUGACGCUCACCGGGGAAAACGAAUAAGGCCAUAUCCCUUCACAUGGGGCAUAUAUCAAGGAAACCAGACUAUUAAGGAUUGCGUAGGGAAGAAUACGUCCCCCACAGCCCUGCGGCAACUUUACCCCUGGAUAAAAGAGAUGCAGGACUUUAUUCAGGAUCUCAAAGCAAAAAACGAUGAGAUCAAAGAUGAGUUCGAAGGCAUCGACGAAGAAAAGACCAAGUUCAAGGUCAAUGAUCCUGAAGCAAUGAUGGCAGCUUAUUUGAAAAAACUGUAUCGCUUCAUGGCCGAAUAUUAUCUUCAGUCUUUAUCGAAAGACAAACAAUUUUUGGAAGACUUGUUGGAGAGACCAGGUAUUUGGUCAGCUAAUAAGAAGCAUAGUGCGGAACUUGAAAGACUGGCAAAAUUGUGCCUCCAUCAAUCUACUGAAAGACAAGAAAUUUUGCGUGCACGAAGACCCCUUUACUUCUUUCGAUUCAGGAAUCAAAAAAGAUCUCAUGGCCACAAGAUGAUGAUGUUAAAGGAAGAAGAGAUUGUAAAAAAUAAUAUCCUCAUCCAUGCGGAUUUUUUACUUAAAAAGUUAUAUGCACUAAAAAAGAAAAAAGAUUAUGCAAUGUUCUUCAGGUUUUCUGAACAUGUGAAAGACACCUUUAAAUACCAUUCGAAUAAAAUGUUUCCCAUGAAGCAAAAAUGUCUUUUAGCUGUUUAUAAUUUGGUUGCCUGGGCAUAUUUGGAGUCGAGAGACUUGUCAUCUAUAAAAGAAGAAGAAAGGAAAAAGGUAUAUUUGAAGCACCACAUUGGUAUUCAUGUAGCCAAAUUGCCAAGGGAUUCUGAUAUCGGCUGGAUUCCAACUCUCAAGAAAAAACAGGCUUUGCAGGAUUUCAGAAGAAAACUUGCCAUGACAAAUGAUCCUGUAGAAUUGACCUGGAUCUUUCACGACUUCAGCAAACUGCUUAUGGAAACACAUCAAUUUGAGUGGGCAAGGUACUAUGCAAAAAGAGCGAGGGAAAAAAGUACGGGAACAAUGAACCAGGCAUGGUUGAUAAAUGCAAACCAUAUUCUACUCAGAAUAGAGCUUCACCAGAAUAAUAGAAAUGAUGCAAAGGAGGCUGCAUUAUUGGCUUUGUCAGGUGCAAGGAAACUCAAAAUCGAUUAUUUAAUAGACUUUUAUGAAGGAAUCGUGAAAAUCUUAGACGAAAUUGAUGUUGAGAAGAUGUCAAUCAUUGACAACAUUUCCCAGAGGCAACAGCUGAUUAUCGACCUUAUGCCAAUGGAACUUAAGGCUGAAAUGGCCUACCUUUUUCGUAGUAUGGACGUCGUCCCAGCAAAGAGGCGACUUUCCGUGAUGCCAGGUUGCAAACCAAUCGAUAAGAAGUUGGAAUUCACCUGUAAGAAAAAUACAAUUCUCGUAAGUCCACCUAUUGAUGCAGAAAAAGAAGCGAGAAAAGCUUUUCUUCAAAAGUACGCCCCACCGAAGAAAAUUCUUGGCUAUAUUGACUUUAGGGAAUACGAAUAGUUUAUGACUUGAGUUUACAAUUCGAUUGUUUACCUAAUGGUGAACCUAUUCCUGGUGUUAUUCAUUCCGGACCUUG